GGAGACAAACGGCGCUAGCAGAGUUGCCUCGGCUCAGAUCGUCAUCGAUCCAAAGAGCUCCCAAACUCGAGUCUCAGCUGCUGACCAGCCAGUAUAAUGCUAAAAGCCACCAUAGAUUCCGUCUUGGAGGCCCCCUCACCUUCAAAUCGCCCUCAGCAAUGGCCCUCUUGACCUACCAACCCAUCAAAGGCGCCUACGUGCUCGCCGCACUGGGUUUCGAGCUUCUCCGCCUUCCCCUCUUUAUCGUCAAGUACCUCACGAGCUACGGCCGACAGCACCCAGAAUGGACCUUCCGCCAGGCGCUGACUACGCGUAUUCUCUUCAACUUCAUCUAUCAUAUUGCGAACAUCGAAGUCAAGACGCCAACGCUGCUCACGCCGGGCAGUGAGAAGGAGCGUUUUGUGCGUAUCCAGCCGGCGGGUGGUGACCAAUACAAGGGCCCGCUUCGCAUCAGCAAUGAUGUCCAGCCUGUCGAGAUCGGUGCCACUUGGUACCCGACGCCGCUGUCUGCGUCAGCAGACAAGACCAAUCUCAAGGUCAUCUUGCACAUCCACGGCGGCGCGUUCGUCUCCGGUGACGGCCGAACGCAAGCAAGCGGCUACUUCGCGAAGCUCCUCGAGAAGCACACCGGCGCAACCCACGUACUGAUGCCCCAAUACCGUAUAUCCACGCUGCCCGCAUCCAAGACCUCAAACCCGUUCCCCGCCGCGCUGCAGGACAGCCUGACCGCGUACCUCUACCUGCUGAACGACCUUCACAUCGCGCCCGCCGACAUCAUCCUCUCAGGCGAUAGCGCGGGCGGCAACGCUGCCAUCUCGCUGCUGCGCUACAUCACCGAGUUCGGCGCAGACCUACGUCUGCCAAACCCCUCCGCUGCGCUGCUGUGGAGCCCGUGGCUCGAUCCGUCAGACACGUCCGGCUCGUUCGUGCACGACAACCCCAACUACACCACCGAUUACCUGUCAUUGCCCUUCACGUUGUGGGGCUCGGGCGCGUAUGGAGGCCUCGGUGGCAAGGAAACGCUGUCGAACCCAUACGCGACGCACAAGAAUCGCACAUUCACAACCCCGGUCCCAAUGUUCGUGAACACGGGCGGUGGCGAGAUCCUCUACUUCGACGACUGCGAGUGGGCUACGAAGAUGAAGGAGGCGGGCAAUGAUGUCACGCUGGAUAUAGAGAAGAACGUGCCACACGACGUGCUGCUAAUCGGUAACAUCGUCGGUUUUGAUAAAGAGGCGCGUGCGUGUGCGACGAGAGCUGGGGAGUGGUUGAGCCGUAAGAAGCUGUAGGGAGGCCUGGGCAUCAGUCUGUACAUGAACGUCUUCAAGAUGGGAACAGCAACUCUUGCAUCACCCACACCACUUGCACAACUCACCGGCUGCGGUAGAAUUGAGACUAAGUAUAGCUGACUGUAGUCACAAUGUUGGGGACCUACGACCAGUUCCUUGGAUAGUGACAGCAGAGAACGCUUGACCAGCCAGAAC